AUGGACGCGCAGGAGCCCAUCCUCACCACCCAUCCUCACCGCCCAUCCUCACCGCCCGUCCUCACCGCCCGUCCUCACCGCCCAUCCUCACCGCCCAUCCUCACCGCCCAUGCUCACCGCCCGUCCUCACCGCCCAUGCUCACCGCCCAUCCUCACCGCCCGUCCUCACCGCCCAUCCUCACCGCCCAUGCUCACCGCCCGUCCUCACCGCCCGUCCUCACCGCCCGUCCUCACCGCCCGUCCUCACCGCCCAUGCUCACCGCCCAUGCUCACCGCCCGUUCUCACCGCCCGUCCUCACCGCCCAUCCUCACCGCCCAUGCUCACCGCCCAUCCUCACCGCCCGUCCUCACCGCCCAUCCUCACCGCCCAUGCUCACCGCCCGUCCUCACCGCCCAUGCUCACCGCCCGUAUUCACCGCCCGUCCUCACCGCCCGUCCUCACCGCCCAUCCUCACCGCCCAUCCUCACCGCCCGUCCUCACCGCCCGUCCUCACCGCCCAUGCUCACCGCCCAUCCUCACCGCCCGUCCUCACCGCCCAUCCUCACCGCCCAUCCUCACCGCCCGUCCUCACCGCCCGUCCUCACCGCCCAUGCUCACCGCCCGUCCUCACCGCCCAUCCUCACCGCCCAUGCUCACCGCCCGUCCUCACCGCCCGUCCUCACCGCCCAUGCUCACCGCCCGUCCUCACCGCCCAUGCUCACCGCCCAUGCUCACCGCCCGUCCUCACCGCCCAUGCUCACCGCCCGUCCUCACCGCCCGUCCUCACCGCCCGUCCUCACCGCCCGUCCUCACCGCCCAUGCUCACCGCCCAUGCUCACCGCCCGUUCUCACCGCCCGUCCUCACCGCCCAUCCUCACCGCCCAUGCUCACCGCCCAUCCUCACCGCCCGUCCUCACCGCCCAUCCUCACCGCCCAUGCUCACCGCCCGUCCUCACCGCCCAUGCUCACCGCCCGUCCUCACCGCCCAUGCUCACCGCCCGUCCUCACCGCCCAUGCUCACCGCCCGUCCUCACCGCCCGUCCUCACCGCCCAUGCUCACCGCCCAUGCUCACCGCCCAUCCUCACCGCCCAUCCUCACCGCCCAUGCUCACCGCCCAUGCUCACCGCCCAUGCUCACCGCCCAUCCUCACCGCCCAUCCUCACCGCCCAUCCUCACCGCCCAUCCUCACCGCCCAUGCUCACCGCCCAUGCUCACCGCCCAUGCUCACCGCCCAUCCUCACCGCCCAGCCUCACCGCCCAUGCUCACCGCCCAUGCUCACCGCCCAUCCUCACCGCCCAUCCUCACCGCCCAUGCUCACCGCCCGUCCUCACCGCCCAUGCUCACCGCCCGUCCUCACCGCCCAUCCUCACCGCCCAUCCUCACUGCCCAUGCUCACCGCCCAUGCUCACCGCCCAUCCUCACCGCCCGUCCUCACCGCCCAUGCUCACCGCCCGUCCUCACCGCCCGUCCUCACCGCCCGUCCUCACCGCCCAUGCUCACCGCCCGUCCUCACCGCCCAUGCUCACCGCCCGUCCUCACCGCCCGUCCUCACCGCCCGUCCUCACCGCCCAUGCUCACCGCCCGUCCUCACCGCCCAUGCUCACCGCCCGUCCUCACCGCCCGUCCUCACCGCCCAUGCUCACCGCCCGUCCUCACCGCCCGUCCUCACCGCCCAUGCUCACCGCCCAUCCUCACCGCCCAUCCUCACCGCCCAUCCUCACCGCCCAUGCUCACCGCCCAUCCUCACCGCCCAUCCUCACCGCCCAUCCUCACCGCCCAUGCUCACCGCCCAUCCUCACCGCCCAUCCUCACCGCCCAUGCUCACCGCCCAUCCUCACCGCCCAUGCUCACCGCCCAUCCUCACCGCCCAUGCUCACCGCCCAUCCUCACCGCCCAUCCUCACCGCCCAUCCUCACCGCCCAUGCUCACCGCCCAUGCUCACCGCCCAUCCUCACCGCCCAUCCUCACCGCCCAUGCUCACCGCCCGUCCUCACCGCCCAUCCUCACCGCCCGUCCUCACCGCCCAUCCUCACCGCCCGUCCUCACCGCCCAUGCUCACCGCCCAUGCUCACCGCCCAUCCUCACCGCCCAUGCUCACCGCCCAUCCUCACCGCCCAUGCUCACCGCCCAUGCUCACCGCCCAUCCUCACCGCCCAUCCUCACCGCCCAUGCUCACCGCCUAUGCUCACCGCCAAGGAGCCAGGCCUCCAGCACCCGCUCGAGCUGGAGCGCAGCCAAGCGCCGCCCGGCGACAGGACGCAGGGGGCAGUGCCAAUGAGCUGUACAGAGAGGGCCCCAGGCCCACUUCGAGGCCCAUUCCUCCCUACCCCUAAUAAAAAGAGAUUGGGGUGUCUGCCUGGUUGGUUGCUGCCUCUUUCUGUGCCCUCCUUCCCAACUCCAGGCGUCAACCUGAGAUGGGUCUACUCCGUCUCCCACCCCCUUCAGGCUCGUGCCAGAUUGCCUGCCAUGCUGCCAGCUGAAAACGUACCCCCAGAGCGCCACCCUCACUAG